UGGUUUAGUUGGUCCCGGGUUGGUCCAUUGUCCAUUCCAUUGGUCACAAUGUCAAAGUCACAUCUCACGUCCAACAUCAGAAUCACAAUUUUCGUUUAUCUAUUUUUUUCACAAGUUAUGUACAACCCAACACCAAAAUAAUAAAACAAGAAGAUUUUUAUGUUGUUAUUAUUGUUAUGUGAAUAAAUAUUUUAAUGCUAUUUUGCUGAAAAUGAAUACUUUUGAUGUACAUUUUAUCACAGAACUAUUUUUAGAAAGUGAUAGCAAUUUGACUAUAAAUAGAUUAGCCGUUACAGUGGCUAAUGUUAUUUAUGAAAAUGUCGAAAAUAUGAAUGCAUUUAAUGAAGUCCUGAGAAAGGAUUUUAAUAAUGUUCUACAGUCUGUGGAUGAGCGUCGUGUAAAAUCUGAUUACAAUUCAAAAUGUCAUAAAUAUAAGAAUACAGGAUUUUAUGAACAAACUGUGAAAACUUUUAAUGAGGAUGAUUAUAAAACUCACCUUAAAUUGAAGAAAUCAACAGUUGAAGCAUUGGUCACAUAUUUACACGAGAAUAUUAAAUCAGACAACACUAGGGCGUCACUACAUAAGAAAAUUCACAUAUUUUUGUAUCUUCUAACUACUGACUUAUCUUUCAAUGAUGUGGCGGCAUUAUUUAUUCUACAGAGGUCAUCAGUAAGCAGCAUUUUUUAUGAAAUUGUUGCUAUGCUUUCAGACCUAAAGGACUAUUUUAUAAAUUGGCCAUCACUUGAUGAACAGCAUAUUACUAGACUAAAGGUAAAUAGUAGAUUUCAAUUUCCUAAUUGUGUAGGUUUCAUUGAUGCAUGUCGUUUUAAAGUGGGUUCUAGGAGAACUAAGAAGUAUUUGCCAGAUACUGUCUUAUUACAAGCUGUGUGUGAUGAAUCCCUCAUGUUCACUCAUAUACAUGUAGGAUCUGUUGGGAAGACAAAGAAAAACAAAGUCUUCAAAGAAAGCAAACUGUCACAUGAACUGAAAAGCUCUGUAGAUUUUGAUAAUCAUAUUCUUGGCGAUGCAGAGUAUAAAUUGAAAUACAAUUUACUGACUCCUUUUUCAACUGAGGAGUUAUUAACAAGUGAAGAAAUGAAAUUUAAUGAAGUCCAUUGGAGAACAAGAAGUUAUAUAGGUCAUGCAUUUGAGUUGUUGAAAGAGAAAUUUACAAAACUGAGUCAUUUAGACUUUUGCAACCCUGAGGCAGUAGAAAGAAUACUAAAUGCAGCAUGUGUACUUCAUAAUUUCAUACUGCUUCAAGAAGGAUAUCCUGAAAUAAAAAAAGAAGCUCUAGGUUGUGAUGAUGGUAUACAUAGUGUCACCAUGAAUAUUGAUACUAAUAUUGUCAAAACUCCAGAUGAAAAGCGACAGUUUAUAUGUAAUUAUAUUAACUACAUAAUAUUCCACAAUAUAUCAGAGUCUUAGUUCAUUAACCAUUAGACUGAGCAUUUACUUUUGUGUAAUCUUUUUCUUUAUCAAUUGUGUUAUUGUUAACACUGGUGUCAGAUAUUUUUCAAGUCACCUAAAGGCUAAAAACAUGGCUUUUAUGACUACCGCAAUCUAGUGGUAAGUAGUCAUAUACACACUAGUGAACUAAACGGUCAAUGUUUUCUUUCACCGGAAGCAAGUGGAUGAAAUGAAAACCAGUAUGUACAUGUGAGUUAAAUUGGUAUACAAACUAUGUGGCUUGAAUAAGAUUCGAAAAAGGGACCUUUCAACCACAGGGGUUUGGUCUUUACCACUGGACCACUGCACCACCACUUUUUUAUAAUGAAAGUAGUAAAGAAAACAAUGUUUAUUUAAUAAUACUUAUAUUUCUCCACUAUCAUGUGAUAUUGAUAGAAUUGCUAGGCAUUUAACUGUUUUAUUUUAAUAUAGGAAACAAACAUACAAAUAAAUCAUCUGAAGUAUGAAAUCUAGCAAUAGUACACAGUUAUUUUUAUCAACACAGAAAAUACAAUUGUAAAAAAAAUAUAGUGUUACCUAAGAAUUAUAUAAAAUAAAAUAUAUUUCUACUAUGUA